GGGGAAAAACAGUUAUGAUAUCCGGGUUGGCGAGCGAGGGAGUGACACAUCAGAGAUUUCCAGUAUUGAAGCGGGCGGUGCUUUUCAGGGAGAAACACAUGAAUAUGCAGCGAGAAAUAUAGUGGUGCAGGGGGACGGUGGUAGUUGUGGCGACUGCGAAUUGUGGCGCGGGGAUGGUGCUGGAAAACAACACUGACAGGGGACGGCGAGUUGGUUACGGUCGCACAAAUAACACUUAUUCUACCGAGUCUACAAGAAGCACGAACCCGACCUCUUCACCACCUUCUCAGCGACCGCGGCUUUCGGUGAGUAGUAGAAGCGAUGGAGAAAACGGCGUGGAGCAGUAGCACCGGGACUGGAGGCAGCAAAGCUAAUUCAGGAUCUUCUUCGUCAUCGUCCUCUUCUUCGUCUUUGGGCAGGACGGUUUCCGGAAAGGCGACCACUAUAGGGAGGCAGUACCAGGGGUCUAAUAGCCCGGCAACGGCAGACUCAAGCAGGGGGUCUAUGGCAUCGAGCCCGUCUUCUGGAAGUGGAAACCGUGGUGGGAAAGCUGGAACAGGUCCCGCUGGGAAAGAACUGGAGCAGCAGACGCUGGAGGGGACACUGAGUAAAUACACCAACCUGAUCCAGGGCUGGCAGAGCAGGUACUUUUUGCUGGAAUAUGACUCUGGACUUCUGCAGUAUUUUGUCAAUGAACAAAGCAAGAACCAAAAACCGCGAGGAUUCUUGUCUUUAAUGGGAGCUAAAAUUUUGAUCAGUGAAGAAGAGCCAAACAUGUUUACUAUAUACUCUACUAAUGGAGAGUUUUACAAACUCCGAGCUGCUGAUGCCAAAGAGAGAAAACACUGGGUGAGUCAUCUGCAAGCCUGCAUCAAGUACCACACGGAUUCUAAUGCCAAGGCUUCCUCAAGUGGAAGAGCAAAAAGCUUAUCAUUGCUUCCCCAUGGUGGACUAAAUGCUACACCUUCUAGCAGUCAGCGACAGCUUUCUCACAGUGGACCAAGCAUCAUCACCAUUACCCAUCACAAAUCACCAGCUGCAGCCCGAAAAUCCAAAAUUCAGCACCCAGGGCAAUUGCAUGAAGUCAAAGAGAUGAUGAGCCAUGCGGAAGGGCAGCAAAAAACUCUUGUGCACAGCAUUGAGUCUCUUCCAUCUUCAGGUCCCCUUUCUUCUCUAGACCAGGAUUUAUUGCUCCUGAAAGCUACCUCAGCUGCUACUUUAAGCUGUCUUGGAGAGUGCCUGAAUAUACUGCAGCAGAGUAUCCAUCAGGUGACUGAAUCUAGCAAAACACUGCCAUCAGAUGCCACUCCAGUAUGGCACGGUCGAAAGUCUAUCUCUUCAGAGCAGCUGAAAAAUCAAGGGCUUAGCUCUUUGCUUUCCACAGGUGCCAACUUUUCCUGGCCUGCUGGUGUACAUGCCACUCAGGGAACUCAUGAGUCUGAAGAGGAUGCUGAGGUAUGUCCCAUCAAAAACAAAAGUUUCUAG